AUGCCACUGUUUAUUUUGGCAUGCUUAUUCAUGCAGAGUGUUUUGUGCCAAGAUGUUGAUGACGGUACCCCAACAGUAGCUGAAUUCAUUGACUAUGAAAUCGUUGAAUUGGAGUCAUUUCUGUUGACAGAUGAACAGGCAAAGCUGUGUGGGACAACGGGUUACUUUGCUGAUCCCGAUGAUUGUUGUCACUAUAUUCAGUGCGACGGUGAUGAGUGGGAAGGAUGGAGACAAUUCUGUAUGGGAGGAACUGUGUGGGAUCCAACGUUAUGCGCAUGCGUGCAUCAUGAAGAUUAUCCAGCAUGCGAUCCUAAGACAUGCAAUACUGGUGGAAAUGCUUCGUUUCCUGAAUGUCCAGAAAACUUAGCAGAAAAUCAGUGUUGCCUCAAGUACGAUCGUGGUCAAGUGUAUACUAGAAACAUCUCGGACCCGACUAUGUAUAAGGUAAAUGAUGGUCCAUGGCAGACAUGUCCGUUUGGAGGAAAAUUUUUAUUGGACUCGGAGGAGACAGACUCGUGUUACUGUGAAUACGAUACAAGAAAUGCACCCUGUCCUUGUCUUCGUUUUAGUUUUGAUAAUCCUUUUGACGAUUUCCACCCAUUGUACGAUGAUCAAGGAAUCUAUUCAGAAAUCGGAGAAGUCAUAUGGAUGUUUCCAGGAGCGCCACCUAGUCCAGGGAUCGGGGCCAUGUUCAUGGGAUCAAAUUCAUGGUUCAGUGUGCCAAGAUACGCUAAUGUUGAUUUCCAAUCAAACUUAACCGUGACGUUUUUCAUACGCCCCGAUUCUGGCUUUUUCAAUGGCCCUUUCUUUCAUAACGGUGGUCCAGGUGGCGAAGAUGCAACAAUUUCUUUAGAAUAUUACAUUGUUAAUGGUCAAGCCUGGUUGGUAGCUGGUGUACAGGCAGAAGAUGGAACAGACGACAUUAUCUUAAAAGGAAUUCGAUUCCCCGUAAAGGAGUAUACCUUUAUUGCGUUGGUGUAUGAUAUGGGUGAGGUCUCCCUCUAUGUGGGUGAUAAUCCACCAAUUGCAGUAAUGGAGUCAGCCUCCAUAGACAACGAAGAUAAAAAGUUAUUGUUAAGACAAGUCAUAACAGACACGUUUACAAAAGCAGUCAGCCUGAAGAGAAAUCAAACUGAUAAUAUACGGAAGACGACCAUUAAAGAGGUAGAAGAUGUUUCGGACGAACUGGGUUUCUAUGUUGACAAUACCCUUUCAACAUAUCUCACGGGUAGUACCUUAUUCCGAGAGGCUUUAAAUGAGUACAUUAAGAGUCCUUCAAAGCGUGAAGAAUUAAGUAUCGAACUAAAAACAAUGGCUAGCGAGGUCCAAGAAGCAUUGGCAGAACUGGAGAAGCUUGUCGUUGAAUUAAAGAAUGUCAAGAAAAAGCUUGCAGAAAUUGACCCGGAGGAAGAAGAUAUCAGUAUUAGUGAUUUGAAAUGGAAAUUUGGACGAAUGAAGACAAGAAUUUUUGAUCUGGUUGGCGGUUUUGGAGAAGCGGAUGUGGAAUCUGGACUUGGAAGGUCCAUACAAAUGGCUUUUGAGUUGCUUGAAAAUGAUGGUUUUAUUAGCAAACGAAAGAAACGAGCACCAACUUCUGGAGCAGAGGGACCAAACAUAUGCAUAAAGCCAUCUAAGUUCCCGAUUACAUUCGGAGAAAAUUUCAAUGGAUUCAUGGAUGAGAUGACGGUAUGCAAUUUUGCUGCAACUAUGGAGCAAAUUGAACUCCACAAGAGUGGCAUUGGCGAGGGAAGAUUUGAAAGUUUGGCUUAUCCAUAA